CUAAAAUAAGGGAAUAAUGAGGCCUGAGAAGGGAUCAAGGGGAAAAUUCACACUGCAUUUUCCAUCUUCAGUUUCUUUUAUUUUUGAUUGAUCGAUUUGCUAUUUUAUUUCUCGAGAUUUCGAAAUGACCAAGAACAGGUGGCUCUCUCUCUCUCUCUCUCUCUCGGGGAGCAAAAUCAAAUCAAAUCAGGGGAAUAUAUAAAGCCAAUUCCAUCUGAUUUUGAUUGAUGUUCGAUUGCUCAUUCUCUCCCCUCUCUCUCUCAGGUUUCUGCAAUUCAACGGUCGUCAUUCCCCUUUUUCGCAUUGGGGGCUGCGAAAAUUACACCCAACCCUCCCCCUACUUCCUAGAUUUUCUUUCCAGAAAAAGGGAUUUGCGGAAUUACUGCCUGUAUUUUUAGGGAUUGUGUUUAUACGAUGCGUCUCUUCGAUUGUGAACGAUUGUUUUGGGGGAAAUUAUGCUGCCAUUGAUGGGGGAAGGAGGAGGGACAGUGGAUAAAAUGGAGAAGGAAUUCGAAUCGAAGAUCGGGGUUUCCUGCAAUGAUAAUAGUAAUAGCAACAGUAAUCCUCAGAGAUCUAAGAACUUCGUGUUCCGAGCGCCUCAGGAGAAUUUUAGCAUUCAGGAUUUUGAGCUGGGGAAGAUUUAUGGCGUUGGUUCUUAUUCCAAGGUUGUGAGGGCGAAGAAGAAAGAUACAGGAACUGUGUAUGCUAUGAAAAUCAUGGAUAAAAAGUUCAUCACGAAGGAAAACAAAACGGCGUACGUGAAGCUGGAGCGCAUCGUAUUGGAUCAGUUGGAUCAUCCCGGCGUUGUGCGUCUGUAUUUUACAUUUCAGGAUACUUUCUCGCUCUACAUGGCGCUCGAAUCCUGCGAAGGCGGGGAACUGUUUGACCAAAUAACACGGAAGGGACGGUUAUCCGAGGAUGAAGCUCGUUUCUAUGCAGCUGAAGUUGUGGAUGCGCUCGAGUAUAUUCACUCGAUGGGAUUGAUACAUCGAGAUAUUAAGCCGGAGAAUUUGCUACUCACGAAAGACGGGCAUAUCAAGAUUGCCGAUUUUGGUAGCGUCAAGCCGAUGCAAGAUAGCCGGAUAACGGUCCUUCCAAAUGCCGCUUCGGAUGAUAAGGCGUGCACUUUUGUCGGGACGGCUGCGUAUGUUCCUCCGGAGGUUUUAAACUCUUCUCCGGCGACUUUUGGGAACGACCUUUGGGCGCUGGGAUGCACUCUGUACCAAAUGCUUUCGGGGACUUCGCCGUUCAAGGACGCUAGCGAAUGGUUAAUAUUCCAAAGAAUUAUUGCGAGGGACAUUAGGUUUCCCGAUUACUUUUCUGCCGAAGCGCGGGAUCUCAUCGACCGGUUGUUGGACAUCGACCCGAGUAAACGACCAGGCGCAAGACGCGACGGUUAUACGUCUCUCAAAAGUCAUCCUUUCUUCAAGGGAAUCGAUUGGGCGAAUUUGAGAUCUCAAACUACACCCGAACUCGCUGUCGAUCCCAGGGUUCAAUCCAAUGGAAGUGAAGACCAAGAAUCGACAUGGAAUCCGAUGCACGCCGGCGACGGUUCACUGAAAACUUGCGAUGCAGCGUCAGCUUCCGAAGCCGGCAGCGUCACGCGGCUUGCUUCCAUCGAUUCCUUUGAUUCGAAGUGGCAACAGUUUCUCGACCCCGGCGAGUCUGUGCUCAUGAUCUCGACGGUGAAGAAAAUGCAGAAACUUACGAGCAAGAAAGUGCAGCUCAUCCUCACGAACAAGCCGAAGUUGAUCUACGUCGACCCUGCAAAACUCGUCGUCAAAGGGAACAUAAUCUGGUCCGACAGCCCGAACGAUCUCAGCAUUCAAGUCAUCAGUCCGUCGAGCUUCAAGAUUUGCACCCCGAAGAAAGUGAUAUUGAUCGAGGACACGAAGCAACGAGCGCAGCAAUGGAAACGGGCGAUCGAGGCCCUUCAAGGUCAGCACUGACGUUCGAGAGGCUGUCUCUCGAUUUUAUCGAUUGUGAUUCUACCGUCUUUUUGAGCGCGCCGAUUCUCUUACCAGAGAGGUAUCAUCGCCGCCGCCGCUGCUGUCGCCGAACCCUUUUCAUAAGGUUGUGCGUAUGAUUAACAUCCGCCAUUUUUUUUAUUUUUUUUUUGACACAAAUGUGGUUCGUUUAAUUCAAUUCAAUUUAAUUUAAUUUAAU